UCUCUCUCUCUCUCUCUCUCCAAACCCCCAAAAUCCAAAGUCAUUCACUCACUGAAACCCUUUCUUCUCUUCUCUCUUCCCUCUUCCCUCUUCCCUCUAUCUCUCUCGUCAAUCACUUCAUUUACUGUCUCUCUCUCUCUCUCUAGAAAGCGACCAAAAGGACACUCUUGUAGGCAUUGCUACAGUUGGCACAAGCGCUACAUCCAAAAGGCCAAAGAGCGCUUUUGCUUCUUCCCCCGUUUUCACUUAACAAACACAGAGAAGGGUUGAGUCUCUUUUAAGAGAAACUCAAUCCAGGCAACAGUAGGCUCUCUCUCUCAAAAAAUUAGAGUAAAUAAAAAGAUAAAAUCGGAUUCGAUGGCGGAGAUACCACCACCGAUGGGUCAGAUCAACGGCGGACAACUCAUGUUGGGUUCAUCCGAGACCGUGGGAUCGAAGCGACAGCGAAGGCCCAGCGUCCGAUUGGGCGACAUCGGAGGAGACCAGCCGUACGAUUCGCACGUGCGACGCACCACCAAGCAAUGGAAGCUCCCACUUGAUCACCGGAAAGACUCCAAUAAGUCCUCAAAGACUCGACCUUUAACGAAUUUGAGCGCUGGUGCCGACUUCCAAGAAACCCUAGACGGCGAAGAUAGAGAGGGAAAUCUCGAUAGUGUUGCCAUUGGUAGCUGGAAGGUCAAGGACACCAAGAAAAGAGCUUCGAACACGAAAAGGGUCAGAUCCAAUUGGGUCUCUUCCAAGAUUGAUGAAGGUGGUGAUGCUGCUGCUGCUGAAGGGGAUGAUAAAUUUAGCGGAGGUGAGGAUGUUGAAGAUGGGUAUCGGGUUUUUGAUGUCGAAAACUCGGAGUCUCCUUUGAAAGACCAGAGCCCAAUUCAUUCUUCCGACAAUUUGGGUGUGGAUGGGCAUUUGAAUGAAAGGGAUGUGCUUUACCAUGGAAGUAGGAGACCCAUUAGGACUAGGGUUUCAGAGGGUAGGGACCACCAUGAUGGUGUUGAGCUAUCUGGGCCGUCGGAUAAUGAUGCAAGGGAUUGGAAUUGUAGAGGGACUAGUGGGGAUAGAAAUGGGAAUGAAGGCAGAGGGACGUGUGGGGAAGAUGGUGUUAGGGUUUGGCUCAAUGGCCUAGGAUUAGGUCGUUAUGCCCCGAUGUUUGAAAUUCAUGAGGUGGAUGAUGAAGUAUUGCCCAUGUUAACUUUGGAGGACCUCAAAGAUAUGGGCAUAAAUGCAGUUGGUACCAGAAGGAAAAUGUAUUGUGCAAUUCAGAAGCUUGGAAAGGGGUUUUCUUGACUUUUGUUUUUGUGACUGUUGGUGAUUGAAAGACCAAAAUGAAGAAGAAAAAAAAUCCUCAGCCACGGCAAUGUAAGAUACAUGCCUGAAAGUAAAACUGGUUUGAGCUUUUGGUUAUAUUUUGCUCUCAAAUCUCAACUCAGUGGUAUUUUUGGAUGAGUAGGUUUUGUUUCAUUGCACUAUUUACCUUUUCUUUAAUUGAGUGCAAAUCCAUAUUUUCUUUUUUAUAACAAUGCUGGACUAGUUGUAGUUUUUCAUUGAUCAUAGGGAGACCAUGAUGAGGAACUAUCUUUUCUUAUCUGGUUGUAGCCUUUAGGACAGAAUGGGCAAGGGAAAAGCCUAGAAUUGGUUGGAGGAAGGACCAAUUGUAGUCUUUUCCUUUCCAGUCUUCAUUCUUUCCACCCAGGCAUGCAGAAUAAUUUUGAGCCGAUAUCUAAUGUAUAUAAUGAUUUCCCAGAGCUAAAGAUGUCUUUUGUUGAA